UCCUAUUUCAAACUGUUUAACAUUAACACGCCAAUUAAUGGAGUACAAAAUUUUGCAGAACAGACCUCUCUCUCUCUCUCUUUCUUUCUCGAGCCCCUACCUUCUUCCUUGCCUAUGCUUCUGUCUCUCUCUCUCUCUAUCUCUAUCUCUACCUUUGUUCUUCAUUUCUUAGCCCAAAAUCACAAGGGUUUACUUGUAAAUCCCUCGAGUUUCUAAAAAACUUCUAAAGAAGAGUUUUUGUUUUUCUCUGAUAAGCAGGGGUUUUUGGCUGGAGAGGAUUGUUAUUGCCUCCUUCAAUCAGGGACCUUCUUGAAAGUUAUUUUCUUUAAGCAAUCCCACCAUUUUACUUGCAAGAAGAUGAAAUGGGUCGGUGGUAUUUUUCUCAAAAGGCUGCAUUUUUACACUUUAUUUUUCUGAACCCAAGUGAAAAACAAACGAAAAUCCUUCUCUUUUAACAGCAAAAACUCACCUUCCUUUUUAUCAGUAAAGAAUAAUACAAUAAGAGAGGGGGAAAAUAAACUAUCUUUUUCAAUUUCAGGCAUUUGAUUAAAGGAAGAAGAAGAAGAAGAAGAAGAAGAAGAAAAAGAAGAAGAAGAAGCUGCUUUAGCUUUGGCCAACAAAGAACAAAAAAUGGGUUGUGUUGCCUCAAAGUUAGAGGAAGAAGAAGAAGUAGUUUCCAUUUGUAGAGAAAGAAAACGCCAUUUAAAGUUAGCUGUUGAGAGAAGGUAUGCUCUUGCAGAAGCACAUUGUAAAUAUUGUCAAGCUUUAUAUGCUGUUUCAGCUGCCAUUAAACUCUUUGUAGCUCGCCAUUCUUCUCCUUCUCCUUUCCUCAUUACAUUCCCUCCUCCAUCUCCUCCUUCAGAAAAAGUUAUAACCAAUCCAAUGUUUCUUCAGCAAAUGCCUUCUGAUUCCACUUACGAAACCAUAGCCACCUGCCCUUCUUGUAUUUCUUCUUCUUCCACCUCUUCAGAAUCCUCCAUUGAAGAAAGAGAAGAAGAAUCAGUAGAAGAGGAGAGGAUCGAACAAGUUCCUCCGUAUUUCUACAUGCAAAUGCCACCUCCAAUGCCAUCCCCUCAAAGGGAGUUUGGAUGGGAUUUCUUCAAUCCAUUUGAGUCGAUGAGGACCGAUGUCGUCGGCGAAUAUCGCGAGGAUGAGCUCAGGAUGGUGAGGGAGGAAGAAGGAAUUCCAGAGUUGGAAGAGGCAGAGGUAGAGAAAGAAGAUGGAAACCAGAGAGUUGUGGCCGUUGCUGAGGAGGAAAAUGUUGGAGCUUUUAGAGAGCAGAGGAAUGGAGUUGAUGUGAUUAAAGUUGGAGAGAAGGAAGAUGAGGGUCAAUUGAAGCAGAAAGGGCUAACAGUCAUUGAUACACCAGUUGAAGGAAGGGAACUUUUGGAAGCAUUACAAGACGUUGAGGAUUAUUUUAUCAGGGCUUAUGAUUCUGGAGUUGAUGUUUCUAGGAUGUUAGAGGCUAACAAAAUUCAGCUUCAAUCUGGUUUAGAAGAAAUUAAAGAGAACUCGACGAAACUCAUCCAAGCGAUAACCUGGCACCGUUCUGUUUCGGGCAAACCUUCAUCAUGUAAAAGUCUAGUAGCAUCGAGUUCGAAAGGUUCUCCAGCGUGGACAGAGUUUAAGAAUGAGCUGUUUGAUGAUUACGAUGUAAUGGACUCAGGAAGCCAUUCUUCGACUCUUGGACGAUUAUAUGCUUGGGAGAAGAAGCUCUACGAAGAGGUCAAGGCUGGGGACAGCAUGCGCAAACUGUAUGAGAAAAGGUGUUCACGACUAAGGAACCAAGAUGUUAAAGGGGAUAAUGGAGUUAGUGCCGAUAAAACUCGAGUUGCAGUAAAAGAUUUAUAUGCCAGGAUCUUGGUUGCCAUACGGAGUGCAGAAUCGAUCUCGACAAGAAUUGAGAAACUAAGAGACGACGAGCUACAACCUCAGAUUAUUGAGCUAUUAAAAGGCUUAACAAGAUCAUGGAAAAUCAUGUUGGAAGUUCAUGAAACCCAGAAAAAGAUUAUCCUUGAAGUGAAGACUUAUUCCUGUAAUUCCUAUCUGAAGUUCUGUAACGAAUCUCAUCGUCUUGCAACUCUUCAGCUUGGGGCUGAGCUCCAAAACUGGCGUUCGUGUUUCUCAAAAUAUGUUGAAUCACAAAAGGCUUACGUUGAAGCUCUCCAUGGAUGGCUGACCAAGUUCGUAGUACCUGAAGUUGAGUUCUACUCUCGGGGUCGAGCAUCGGCCGUGCCAUAUGGGCUGCACGGACCUCCGUUGCUUUCAAUCUGCCACAAUUGGCUAUCUUCCAUGGAAAAGUUACCUGAUAAACCAGUUGCCUUUGCAUUGAAAAGUUUUGCAAAGGAUAUGAAAGCUCUAUCAGAUAAACAGAUGGAGGAGCAACACCAAAAGAGAAGAGUUGAAAGUCUCGGAAAGGAACUUGACCGAAGGAUCUUGUCACUACAGAAAACAGAGAACAAGUUCUUUGAGUUCAACUUUACCGAGACGAAAUCAGAGUUUGAAGUGGAAAAUCAGAACGAGUACUUAACCGAAAAGAAAGAUCAGCUGGACUUGUUCAGAAAGAAGGUUGAUUUGGAGAAGGAAAAACACAAUAACUGCAUUCAAGAAGCACAAAGGAUUACAUUAAAUGGAAUCCAAACAGGGUUUUCUACAGUUUUCGAAUCGUUAUCCGAGUUCUCCAAGGCGUCUCAGAAAAUGUAUGACCACCUUGUGAAUUACAGUGAGAAUGCCAAUAAAUCUGAAAACAUGAGCUAUAUUGAGGGAUCCUCACAAACUGAAGAAACUGUUAGCAGAUAAUGAAGGACAAUACCAGAAAAGUGGUCGGUUCACUCGGAGUUCUGUAAAUUAUAAUCUGUCGAAGCAGCUCGCUGAGACAUUGCAAUUUGUAUUUUUAUUCUAGCAUCUCCUCUUAGGAAUUUGUUAAGAUUUUUGUUACAGGCUUUCAUUGCCCACAAUUUUGUUGCAGAUGUCAAUUUAUUGGCUUUUUUUCUACAUAUCAUUGGGAAGAAACCCAAGAAAUGUAGAUUUGGAGAUUUUAAGUGGGCAAUUAUUGUAAGUAGCUUCAAUGUACCUGAAAAACAAAGAAGCUUGAGACCUAAAUUUAAUGGUUGAACAGCUCCAUUUUAACCUUUUCAGUUUCUCACAAACCAAUUGGCCUUCUCACUCCCUCUGGAGAAAUGUAGAAUGCACAUUUCACAGCAGUGAGUUGUCGUUUGAUCUGGUGAUGUUUGCUUGCAGUUCUGAAACUCGAGGCACCAUCAAUGGCAGUUGCAAAGCUUUGUCUUCAUGUAUGCGUUUUGAUUCCAUUAUUGUGGUGGGGCACGUGAAAACAGAGUCUGAAACUAGCAAAAAAACAAAAGAUAUUCACGUGGUUGUUAAAAGCUUUUCCUGUUUACUUUUUGUAGGCUUCUUUCAUCAUAAUAUCCCCCCUAUGUAAUGCAAGCUGAAAAAUGGCUCAAGUAUCUCGAGA